GGAUGAUGUCUAGUAUGAAAGGUCCCACGUAAAAAGGUAAAAUCUGCUUAGCAGACACCGACCAUCGAGUAAAUUUUUACUCAGUAAGUUUUUUUGUUAUACAAAUUAAAAUUAAUGGAUGAUCAUAAUAGAGCUUGAAGGCCUUACUUGAAUAGUUUGGAAGUUUGAGAAAUUUUUAGGACUUUUGAGUAUGUUAUAUUAUUGUUUGAACUUCGACGAGGCUAGUAAAAUUCAGUGAAGAUGUGCUCUUUGAUUCAACUCUUUGAGCUAUCUACAGAUCAAAUUUGGUUUGAAUGAGUUAUUUUGAUUUAUGGUUUGGGAGAUAUGAAUGGGAUUCAGGAUAUUAAUUUCCAGCUCUAUUCACAGUAUACUAAUUUAUUUUUCAGUGAUUGUGAACCAUAAAUGAUUUUAUUUGAAUGUAGAACCAAUCUCAUCUCAUGAUAAGGAAGAGAAUUGAUGAUGUUAGCACAGCCCGCCAUCGCCGGUUACGUCUCUGGCAAAAAUGCACUAAUUUUCGCUGCCUAAAACAAAUUCAUGCUUCCCUUAUUAUUAAAGGCUUCAAUUCAUGCCCAUCAGCCUUAAGAGAGCUCAUAUUUGCUUCUGCCGUUGCUAUAUCCGGCAUUAUAGAUUAUGCCCACCAAGUUUUCGCUCAAAUUGCCGAACCGGACAUCUUUAUCUGGAACACUAUGAUGAGAGGCUCAGCUCAAAGUCAAAACCCUUCAAAAACAAUUUUACUCUAUUUGCAGAUGGAAAGUCGGGGUAUAAAACCCGAUAACAGCACGUUUUCUUUCUUGCUUAAGGCUUGUACCAGGCUCGGAUGGACAAACACAGGCCUUUGUAUUCAUGGGAAGGUUGCCAAAUAUGGGUUUGAAGAGAAUAUGUUUGUGAGGAGCACCCUUAUCCAUCAUCAUGCUAACUGCGGAAGUUUGGGGAUAGCUAGAGCAAUUUUUGAUGAUUUCGCUGAAAGGGAUGUUGUUGCUUGGUCUGCUUUAAUUGCUGGUUAUGCAAGAAGAGGACAGUUGACAAUAGCGAGGCAGUUGUUUGAUGAAAUGCCAACGAAGGAUUUGGUUGCUUGGAAUGUGAUGAUUACAGCAUAUGCUAAGAGAGGGAAGAUGGAGUGGGCAAGGAGACUAUUUGAUGGGGUUCCUAAAAGGGAUGUUGUGACUUGGAAUGCUAUGAUUACAGGAUAUGUGCUUCGUGGGGAGAAUGAGCAAGCACUGCAGAUGUUUGAAGAGAUGAGAAGUGUGGGAGAGCAACCAGAUGAGGUCACUAUGCUGAGUCUUUUGUCAGCUUGUGCAGAUUUAGGAGAUCUGGAGACUGGCACGAAGGUGCACAACUCAAUUGUGGAAAUGAGUUCUGGAAAUCUGGGUAUUUUACUUGGGAAUGCACUUGUAUACAUGUACGCUAAGUGUGGAAGUAUUGAGAGAGCACUUGAAGUGUUUAGAGGGAUAAGGGAGAAAGAUGUUUCCACAUGGAAUUCAAUUAUAGUAGGUUCGGCAUUUCAUGGCCAUGCUGAUGAGUCGAUCAAUUUGUUCGCAGAGAUGCAGAAGCUGAAAAAUAUCAGACCAAAUGAAAUCACUUUUGCCGGGCUGCUAGUUGCUUGUAGUCAUGCUGGUAAAGUUGUAGAGGGUCAUCAAUAUUACAAACUUAUGAAAGAUGGUUAUAAUAUAGAGCCAAAUUUAGGGCAUUAUGGGUGCAUGGUGGAUCUUUUAGGGCGUGCAGGGCUAUUGAAUGAUGCAUUUGAGUUCAUAGAAAAUAUGAAGAUUGAACCUAAUGCUGUAAUUUGGAGGACUCUACUGGGCGCUUGUAGAAUUUAUGGAAAUGUUGAACUAGGCAGGCAAGCACAUGAGAAACUACUUGAAAUGAGAAGUGAUAAGAAGGGGGAUUAUAUGUUAUUUUCCAAUAUAUAUGCUGCAAUGGGUGAGUGGGAUGGGGCGCAGAACGUUAGGAAGUUAAUGGACAGUAGUGGAGCGAGGAAAGAACCUGGCUGUAGCCUAAUUGAGGCAGAUGAGAGUGCUCGUCUGCAAUUUUUGUUAGAUCCUAAUCACAAGUUAAAUUUGAAAAAUCAAAUGGCAACUGCUGCAUCUUAGUUAGAAUUGCUCCCAAGUCUGUUUCUGUUGUGCUGAUUUAAUGACUUGGAGUACCAAAAUAAUAGUAAUAUGCUAAUUAUAUUUUUCAAAUAAAGAUGAGUACCAUUCAACUAUUCAUGUAAAUGCAAUAUGUGGAUAAAAGAUAACACCAUUAAUGUAUUCAUUUGCCUUUGGCAAGGCAUUUUC